CCCUCGAUGACGUCAAUACAGUUGACUGAGGCGACUCCGAUAACAGAACAGAGCGAGCAGCCAUUUUUCACCUAGAAUUAACUAAAUCUCGCCCAAACCAGGACGUGCACCCCAUCUGUUCCGUGAGAGAAUUCAGAAUAAGUCAGCAAUGAACCCCGAAUAUGACUAUUUGUUUAAACUUCUGCUCAUUGGCGACAGUGGUGUUGGAAAAUCAUGUCUGCUGCUAAGGUUUGCAGAUGAUUCCUACACCGAGUCCUACAUUAGCACAAUCGGAGUUGACUUUAAAAUAAGGACCAUAGAGCUGGAUGGCAAGUCCAUCAAACUCCAGAUCUGGGAUACAGCCGGGCAAGAGCGAUUCCGUACCAUUACAUCAAGUUAUUACCGUGGAGCCCAUGGUAUCAUUGUCGUGUACGACUGCACUGAUCAGGAAUCUUUCAACAAUGUGAAGCAGUGGCUUGAAGAAAUCGACCGCUACGCUUGCGAUAAUGUCAACAAACUGCUUGUUGGCAACAAAUCCGACCUAAGCACCAAGAAAGUGGUCGACUACACCACAGCCAAGGAGUAUGCGGAUCAACUAGGCAUUCCUUUCUUGGAAACCUCGGCAAAGAACGCAACCAACGUCGAGCAGGCUUUCAUGACAAUGGCUGCUGAAAUCAAAAACCGAGUGGGACCCCCAUCAUCCGCAGCAGAUACAGCGAACAAGGUCAAAAUCGACCAAGGCAGGCCUAUUGAGAGCAACAAGUCUGGCUGCUGCUGAAGUUAAUUAUGAAGGAAGGGGGCUACUGCAAGCGAUGCCAGACCAAAUUAGCUGCUGCUGCUUCUCCUGUAUUGCAAAAAGUGGCCGAGUGGGACUGUGAUUAUAGAACUGUUAUUCGUGUCUGCCUCCAAACGACCGACCGAUCAUCACCUUCGAAGUAAACAACUUACCACCACCACCACCACCACUUUCUCCUCCACUCGAGCCCCUCUCAAACACCCCUGUUCUUUCCGUAGGGCUGCUUGGGAGGGACACCUGUCCGUUUAGUGUAUCGCUUGUUGGGACUCUUUUUGGGAAAAUGCAGAAAAAAAUCAUUGGAUCUUUUUAUGACACCCCUUCAAUGCAAUGUGUGUAUAAAUUUAUGAAUAUGUCACUGACUAGUAAUACAAGUUAGAUAAGGCGCAUUAUCAUUAAUUUAAAUGAAUUUCUAUCCUCUCUUUGUUGCCCGUUUGGAUAUAAUAUAAUAUAUAAUUUCAAUAAAUUUUCUGCACGCUUUUAUAAGGUGCUAAUUACUCCUCAUGCAGACUUAUUUUUUGGCCAAAACCCAUCAUUCCAUUUUUAAUUUAGGGAAAUAUGGUUAUUACACAUUUUGUAGUUUGUUACUCCACAAUAAAUGUUAACUAAACUGGA